AUGCUCGUUACCAGGCAUCUCGAUACAGAGCAGCACCACUGGUCUAGCAAACUUGAGACCGCCUUCCAUAAAUCUACAAGCCCACGCAUGUCGAGCUACGACGGCCAUUUGUCGACACAGCCUGAUUGGCAGGGGCAAUACGCUUUUCUUCCUCCCGGAGAAGGUAGCAUCUUCGCACAGUCCUUCGAGCAAGUUUCAGGCUCUAACAGUAACAACAAUGUCGCUUCUCAGCAGCGCCCUUCAAGUGCGCAAAACAGCAAUCCUGAGAACACAAGCCAGACAAAUCAUAGCCGCAUAAACUCGCCGAUGAGCCACCAUCGUAUAUUAGACCCUCUUGGACUUCGGCAACCAAAAGCCGAAUCACCUGUACAAGAACAUCCCGACGUUCAGGGUGCGAGCUAUGCUAUAAAGGCUGAGUCUGCGCAUGAAGAGUCAUUGGCUUCGGCGGAUCACCAAGGGUUGCACCUCGGACAGAAUACGAUAAGCUCAACGUCGUCAGCAGGUCAAGAUCAGGAACCCGCGUCUAUUCCAGCUGGAAACGAAGAGGCUGCUAUUGGGAAAGAUGAAGAUGAUGAUGUACUGGAAGACGACGAGAUGGUAGAAGCCGAUGGAGAUGUCACGACGCAACCCCAGACUGCAGCAGAGCGCACAGCUGCCCGGCGGAAAAUGAAGCGUUUUAGGCUUACGCAUCAACAAACCCGGUUCCUCAUGAGCGAGUUCGCAAAGCAGCCGCAUCCAGAUGCUGCCCAUCGAGAACGUCUUUCAAGAGAGAUCCCCGGAUUGAGCCCCAGGCAGGUUCAAGUCUGGUUUCAAAACAGGAGAGCGAAAAUCAAGAGACUCACAGCUGAUGACCGGGAUCGAAUGAUCAAAAUGCGUGCUGUGCCAGAUGACUUCGAUAAUGUCCAGGCAUUACAUUCUCCUUAUGGAGCUGUGCACGGACUGGGAACCCCGAUCACACCUCCUGUUGACUUCGGGGCUUCAUCGUACACAGAACAUAUUAUGCGGCCACUGAUGGUAGACGGCAUGCGCCGAGGGGAUAACGACGACCAUAUGUCCUCUACAGGUAUGAGUCCGGCUUUUGGAAGUAUCGGCUUUACGUCUUCAGGGCCGAUGAACAGCUCUGAUCUUCUUUCACCGCUGUCGCAAUCUUCAAGUGAUCGAGGUUACUAUUCUAGUCACCUAACAGGCCCUCUGGGAGGAGCCCACAGGGCUUCAAACCCUUUCGCCCGGCAAAAUAGCCUCGACUCCGGUGUUCAAAUGCAUUCGCAAAAUAGACAGCAAAUCCGACCCCUGCAGCCACUUCAGCUUAGAGAGACAUUAUCUCGGUCGAGACCAGAGAACCUCCAAUCUCCCCUGCGCUCGAGCAUGUCAUGGAAGGGGGAUGCAAUCGACUACAGCACGUACUCAAAUACCGGUGGUAGCCCUGGAAUCGGAGGACGACAUCAAUCUAUCUAUCAGCCGGACCAGAUGGGAAGUAACUCAACUAGUUCACUGAACUAUGAUUCUAGCUCUUAUUCUGCCCCGGGUGUCCAAACCUCUCCUACCAACAUUAACUACUCGAGCCUACAGCAGCCUUCGCAGAAUAGAUCACGCCUUAGAGCUGCUUCCGCCACUCUUCCGCUCGGUCUAGAUCUCCGACAUCAAUAUCGACCCAUGUCUUCUAGUCACAGUCUUCAGUCUCCUGGUCAUUCGUCUACUCCUCGAGUUCCUACCUCUUCACCCUAUGGGUCAUCAUCUGCAUACACUACGAGCUUCCCGUCUGCUCCGCUAUCGGCGCCAAUCGACUUCCCGCUAUCAAGAACACCUGGAAUUAAUAGAACCUCGGUUCAGGAUUACUCCAUGUCUCAGAUGAGCGCGCCAAUUGCACCCCCUCAGGACUUCACCCAAGCGCUACAUAGUGGUAUAGGUAGUUCAAGUUCUAGGACUCCUAUGAGAGAUUCAUUUGGAGGUGGCCCUUUGAACGUUAAUCAGGGGCAGGGGUCCGGUGAGAGAAGCGAAGACUAUUCACAAGACGGAUCUAGCUCGAGUUUAAAGCGCAAACGAAGCUCGUUCAGCCUCUCGCAGGGUGGACACACGCCUGGACCAGCCCAGACCUCUCAACCAUACGGACACACAACUUGA